AUUGUUCUCAUCUGGUUGAUUACUGCGAAAAGUGUGUGGAAAUUAUGCAAAGUAUCCUCUUGUUUCUACUUAUCAGUGGUGACAUUUACAAUGUUCACAUAAACAGUAUUCCGUUGAACACAAAUGGACUUCCACAGGUUCCCAUUUUGCCUCGAACACUUCCUCCAUCCGGACAAUCCCCAGAUUUCGCACCACCUCCAUCAUUCGGACAACCUCCACAAUUCGCACCACCUCCGUCAUUCGGACAACCUCCACAAUUUGGAUCACCUCCAUCAUAUGGACAACCUCCACAAUUCGCACCACCUCCGUCAUUCGGACAACCUCCACAAUUUGGAUCACCGCCAUCAUUCGGACAACCUCCACAAUUCGCACCACCUCCGUCAUUCGGACAACCUCCACAAUUUGGAUCACCUCCAUCAUAUGGACAACCUCCACAAUUCGACACCUCCUCAUUCGGACAACCUCCACAAUUUGGAUCACCGCCAUCAUUCGGACAACCUCCACAAUUUGGAUCACCUCCAUCAUUCGGACAACCUCCACAAUUUGGAUCACCGCCGUCAUUCGGACAACCUCCACAAUUCGGACCACCGCCAUCAUUCGGACAACCUCCACAAUUUGGAUCACCUCCAUCAUAUGGACAAUCUCCACAGUUCGGCCCACCCUCUCCUUCAGGAUCUCCAUAUGGAUCUGCACCGAUUAACCAACCACCUUCUGGUGGACAUUCCCCUCCACUCGGAUUACCGAUGUCUGACAAAGACGGAUCAAAACCUUCAGCUCCAGGUGAAUCCUAA